CGAAAAAUUGAACUUCUUGGGACAGUGAAGCCCUGAAACAUACCUUUCCCUGCAUCUAAAGUUCUAAACGCCGCUAAAGUGGCUAGCCACCAUCUUCCCGCCGUGCCGCCGUCGUGUCCUUCACGCUGCGUCGCUCCCUUUCCACCGCUGCAGAACCAAGAUUUGGAAUGCGCUGCUGAUUUCUUUUUUAUUUACGUUUUUUUUUUAAUUAUUGGUGGCCUUGCGGUUCCAUAACCAUAAGUGAAGGGUUUCGUUCUAGACUUCAACAUGGAGGUGUUUAAAAGGGCUAUAAUGCAGCCUGGGCCACCUGAGCAUUUUGCUUUACUGACAGUUCAAGAAGUCAUCAAACCUCAGAAGCAAACGAAAUUGGCCCAAGAUGAGAACCAGUUGCUAGAAAACAUUCUACGCAUGCUACUUCAGGAAUAUGUGUCAUCGGCAGUACAGUCUGGGGAGAAAAUAAUGCACUUUGGGCAAUCAAUUGAUGCUACUGAAACUUCUCAAGGCCUCAUUCCUCGUCUUCUUGAUAUAGUACUAUAUCUUUGUGAGAAAGAACAUAUAGAAGGUGGUAUGAUUUUUUCACUGUUGGAAGACUUGACAGAAAUGUCUACAAUGAAAAACUGCAAAGAUAUUUUUGGUUAUAUAGAGAGCAAACAAGAUAUAUUAGGGAAGCAAGAACUUUUUGCUCGAGGAAAGCUUGUGAUGCUGAGAACCUGCAAUCAGCUUCUACGCCGGCUGUCCAAGGCAAAUGAUGUGGUGUUUUGUGGAAGAAUUCUCAUGUUUUUGGCUCAUUUCUUUCCAUUAUCAGAGAGAUCAGCCUUAAACAUCAAAGGAGUAUUUAACACAUCAAACGAAACAAAAUAUGAGAAAGAACCCCUAGGCAUAUGUAUUGAUUUCAAGUUUUAUGAGACUUUCUGGGGAUUACAGGAAUAUUUUUCUAAUCCAACUAUAACUCAUGCUCCUUCCAAGUGGCAGAAAUUUGCGUCCAGUUUGUCGGUUGUACUGAAUACAUUUGAAGCACAACCUUUAAGUGAUGAAGAGGGAGAUGCUAAUAAUUUGGAGGAAGAAGCUGUCAAUUUUAGCAUAAAAUAUCUCACAAGCAGUAAACUAAUGGGACUGGAGUUAAAGGAUCCAAGUUUCCGACGCCACGUUCUGGUGCAAUGCCUCAUCUUGUUUGAUUAUUUAAAGGCCCCUGGAAAAGGUGAUAAGGAUCUGCCAUCUGAAAGCAUGAAAGAUGAGAUUUCAUCAUGUGAGGCGCGUGUUAAAAGACUUCUUGAACUGACUCCACCCAAAGGAAAGGAAUUUCUUCACAAAAUUGAGCAUAUAUUGGAACGGGAAAAGAAUUGGGUGUGGUGGAAACGCGAUGGCUGCCUGCCAUAUGAAAAACAACCGACCGAAAAGAAAGCAAUACAAGAUGGGACCAAGAAGCGUAAGCCUAGAUGGAGAUUGGGUAACAAAGAACUCUCCCAAUUGUGGAAGUGGGCAGAUCAAAAUCCGAAUGCUUUAACCAAUCCUCAGCGUGUUCAAACACCUUCAAUUAUGGAUUAUUGGAAACCCUUGGCUGAAGAUAUGGAUCCUUCUGCCGGAAUAGAAGCUGAAUAUCACCACAAGAAUAACCGGGUUUAUUGUUGGAAGGGUCUACGGCUUUCAGCACGACAGGAUUUGGAGGGUUUUUCCAAGUUUACCGACCAUGGCGUUGAAGGGGUUGUACCACUGGAACUUUUGCCACCUGAUGUUCGAUCUAAAUAUCAAGCUAAACCGAAUGAGAGAGGAAAACGUAGCAAAAAGGAAGAAGCAAAAGGCACAGCUCAUCAAGUUGAUGAAAAUCAGAUGUCUACACAUGCAACGGAGGUAGAUGUGGAAGGAAUUAGAACUGAUAUGACAGCGACACCUAUGGAAUUUGAUGCUGCUUCCAUCCCUGGCGCACGGGGGGAAACCCCGACACCGGAAGAACUUCAGAAGCAGGGUUCUGACACUGAUGGUGGCCAGGAAGCAGGUCAAUUGGACGCUGAUGCUGAAGUUGAGGCCGGCAUCAUAGACGGAGAGACGGAUGCAGAUGUUGAUUUAGAUGCUAAGGAUGAUUGAUAUUGAUGCCAUUGUCAGCAUCGUGUUUGUUUAUAAUGUGGCUAAGUUAGCUUUAAUGUUCACUACUAGGCCAAAUAGGAAUAGGAAUAGGAAGAAAGGAACGGAAAAUGCUGCUUUUUUUUUAUCAUUUAAGGAGUUGGUGUUUUUCUUGGGUGAAACAAGAAAAUAUUGGAUUGAAUUCUAAUGUUUAGGUCAAACUCUUACAAAUGAUGUAUCUUCUUUUUUUGGUGUCCACAAAUUUUGUAUCUUGAAAUGCUAAAAAGGAGAGAAGAAAAUACGAUGAACCUUUUAUUUGUUCCGUUUUGGUGGAUAA